AUGUUUAGGUCGGAAAGCCUCGACCCCAGCGGGUUCGAGCAACUCUGCAAGAACUAUGCUGUCGAGAAAAUUCACGGAAAGUUCCUUCAGGACGAGGUAUACCACGGGAAAGCCAAGGCCGGUGACUCCGGGGGAACGGCCCGAGCUAAGGUGGAGAGCAAUCGACGGCUGUUGGCUAUGUUUGAGGGUCCACUGGGCUUGAUUCGUCUCGCCGACGACGAGUGCCUCUGCCCAGAAGGAAACGGCCAGUCUUUCGUGAACAAGCUCCUUCUCGCAGCUACGGAAGAAGGGACAGGGCAAGAUUCACGGGGCGAUCGUGGCGGUUGUAGGGGUUGCUCUCGCUUGGUCUACUUGGGAGACGGAGACGAAGACUGCCGCUGUCGGGGUAGUGCGGUCACCGGAGGCAGAAACAGCGCGUGGCCGGCGUGCAUCGACCCGAACAAGUCUGGGAACAGGCUAACAAACUCCUGUUUUCACAUCAAGCACUUUGGAGGACCGGUGCGAUACACCGCGGCCGACCUCUUGGAGAAAAACAAGGGCGGGGUCGGGCAGGUUUUGCUUGAUCUUCUUGACGAUGUGUGCACCAACGACUUGGUUGGCAAGGGGUCGAGGAGUAGCCGCUACAGGGAUGGGCGCCGGGCCAGCACGGUGGAUGGCGCCGCCGACCAUCGGAGGCAAAACUUGCACCAGCGUAGGCUCAACGAGUCCGUCCUGUCGCAGCACCGACGCCAGCUCACGGAAUUAUUGCGCGAAAUCGAGGACACCAAGGUUCGUCACAUUGUCUGCAUCAAGCCAAAUGAUCAGCUUUCUCCCAGCUUCCUCGACGGCCGAAACCUCCUUCGACAGCUGUGCUCGGCGGGAGUAGCAGCAGCAGCAGAAAGAAGCAUCCUCUCGUUGCCAUCCGGCCGAAGGGUGGACAAAGAAGCGUUCUUCAACGACUUCAGGGUUGUCCCGGGGGCGAUACAGAGGUACCGUGCGUGGGAGAAGGAAGCGAGCAAGAAAGCGAGCCAGAUGGAACUGCAGGCACUCCAGGAGCGGGAAAAGCAACAACAUUGGCAGGAACACCGCUUGCAAUCCGUCACCGUGCUGCAAGAGACCCCGUGCAGGCCGGCGGUCUUCGAUUCCUCACAUGCGAACGUCGUUCGAGAGACAAAGAGGGCGCAAGAGGCAGCACAGGCCGCCACCGCGGGACAUGACAGAGCGUGGAGAUUGCAUUGCCAAGCGCUGGAGAAGGAAGCCAGGCUAGAGGCAGGGACAGCUGCGGCGGAGAGAAAUAUGCUGGAUGAUACCAACAGGAUGAACUGCACACCACCGCCGGUAGUUCAAGCCUGGCCAAUAGAUGACGAUGUCAACGAAGAACGGCUUGAAGAGACGGCCGCAACGGAAACCGCGCACCGCCAUCGAGGUGCCUUGCCCAUGUGCUCGCCGAUACCGGAUCGAUCGGAGGUUGAGCGGGCUGGGGCAGGGGCCUCUAGCGGUAGUGCUAGUGCCCACGUGGCCAAACGAGUUGUCCCGCGACUCGCCGGUCUCGCGGACUACGCUAUGCGGGCGUUUCUCACCGAACCGGUGCCCAAGAAGUACGGGGCGAUCCGGUGUCGCGUCGAGCGGAAAGAAGGUGGUGGGUGGAACCCCAUGGCGUCAUCGGUCUACGGCAUGCAUCACAUAGAGGGUGGCAUGGUGUUCAUGAUGUCGGCGACACGACAACCUUUGAGCCGCACCGCAAAUUACUACAUCAGCGCGAGCCCCUACUUGGAAACGACCAAAGACACGAUAGACUACAUGGGGAAAUUGCGUGCACGCGAUGGUAGCGGCCGCGCCUACGUUCUGUAUGAUGACGGAGUUUCUCCCAGGAGGUCAUCGAAAGAUCGUCGGCGGGGAUUAUUCUCAAGAAAGGAACUGGCAAAGGUGGUCUUCUCCGCUACACAAGACGCGGCGGAUGGCCCGCGUUCGAUGGAGGCUUUUGUUCCUAGUCCCGCGGAACGGUAUCAAGUGGGCGACGUUGAAACAUACAACCACCCUUGGGACGACGUAAUUCAUCUUCGCGAUCGUAAGCCGCGCUACGACCGACAUGUGGGCGCGUACGUCCUCGACUUCCCCAACUCGACGUCGAAGCUUUCCAUCAAAAACGUCCAACUGGUGGUAGCCGACGACCACGCUCGAGGGUAUAUCGGCGGGGACAACAAUAAAAGAAAUGUUGUUUGGGAGGAUCGUGGCUCCAGGAACAUUUCCCGGCGACGUACGUGGGACGUAGAUGGGGGCGAACAACGGGGCAAGUGGUGGGCACAAGAUACCAUGUUACUGUCUUUCGGAAAGUCUGGCAUGGACGAGUUUGCCCUGGAUUUUAGGUAUCCCCUGUCCCCCAUGCAGGCGUUUGGCAUGGCCUUGGCGGCACUGGACACGAGCGUGUGAUGCAAACUUGGAUGCGAUGUGCUACAUGCACACAUGGCGUGCCGUGGCAUGUGCUGCGUGUACGUACGGUGGAAUAAUCAAUAUGCCCAGUGGCCAGGAGGAGCCGACGUGCAUAUACUCGAAGGCACCUGCAUAUACUAGUCAACGUGUCCCCUGGGUUGUUGCUUCUUUUUUCGGUAAAUGUCAGUAAUUGUGGCCAUGUUUGCUUGUACCAAUACGGGUGUCUCCCGACUUCUUGAGCACUUGGCAAACCAGGCAAAUAAAAUCGACGUAUG